AUGCUGCCCUCGUCAGUUGUUCUUCUUCAUUCCUCCUCCUUUGUCAGCCGAAUGGAUGCCCUAGCAAUCUAUGCAAUUGUCGCUGGCGGCAUCUUUGCUGGUCUUUUCCUAGCCCGGACUCUCUCUACCCUCGCAAAAUGGUCGACCUUUUUUUCUGUCCUGCUCGCCCGACAUCUGACACUCCCUUUUAUUGUCCAUAGGCAUCGACUCUUGGGUCCUUGGACCCGUGCCAGUGUUUUGCUUCUCUUAUCAUAUGCUGCAAUUAAUGCCUUUCUCGUCGUUUUCAGGGCGGACUCCCUGACUGGCGCUGGCCGCCGUGCAGGGGAACUAGCCCUAGUCAACCUGAUCUUUCCUUUAUCAGCCAUCCACCUAAGCAAUGUAGCCGACCUUCUAGGCAUCAGCUGGAGCACUUGUCGCAAAAUCCACCGUGCUACCGGCUGGAUGGCCACGGCUCUCCUGGCCGUUCACGUUGUUGUGGCGGUUCAAGACCACGAAUUUAGCUUUCCUCUCAGCGAAAUGCAAAACCUCUUUACUAUAAUUGGCGCCGCCUCCCUGGGUGCCGUUGCUCUGCUUUCCAUUUCAUGGUUUCGUCGAUGGUCUUACGAGGUCUUUCUCCGAAGCCAUCAGAUCUUCGCCAUACUCUUUGUCUAUGGCACCUGGCGGCAUCUUCCAUCCGCAAACCGUCCGCCCAAACUUUAUCUCGUGAUCGCAUUGGCAGUGUUUGGAACGACUUCAUUCUUCGGGUUGGUGACUCUUCUAUACCGGAACGGACUGUUUGCGGGCCGCGGUUGUCCAAGGGCCAUUGUGACUUUUAAGGUGAGAGAAAUUCGCAUUGUCUUACCUCGCCCUGUGACAGUGGAGGCUGGGCAGUACAUCAAUAUCUGGAUUCCGUCAGUCGGCCUAUGGUCGUGGACGCAAACACAUCCUUUCACAGUCACAUCCUGGUCUCGAAGUGCACAGGACACCCUGGAGCUUCUGGUGCAGCCGCGCCGUGGUCUAUCAGCAGAUCUUCUUCGCUAUGCUCCUAUAGCUGAAGAGAGCUCGAUUUCUUUCUUGGCUUUAUUUACUGGUCCUCAUGGAACGAGUGAGGAUGUCAGUCACUAUGAAAGCAUCUUGGUGAUCGCUAGUGGAUUUGGGAUCGCGGCAGCAGUUCCAUACCUGAAAAAAAUGAUCUAUGGCUAUAAUACCUGCACAUCGCAGGUUCGUCGUUUACAUUUAGUGUGGCAGGUGGGGUCAAUUGGCGAGGUCGCCGCCGCCCAGAGCCUCUUAAAUAACCUCCUUAAAGACGAUAUCGUGGAUGACGGCUAUAUUCUCAAUAUCUCUAUAUACGUGGGGGACGGCCUCGAGCAGAACAAACUGCCCUUUGGUCAACAUGAACGAGUCUGUCUUUACCGGUCUGUGCCAGAUUAUGAUAACAUCAUCUCUCUCGAGGCAUCGGGCGACCAAGUUGAGAGGCUGCCUAACAUCCGGGAGGAGCGCGGUCGGACGUUGGUAAUGGUCUCCACAGCGGACGAGCUUCGAGACCAACUACGGGAGACGGUGAAAGCGUAUCUUCAUCAGGGUGUAAAUCUUUCAGAAUUGGAGUAUCAGCCCAGCGCUGACUGA